AAUGCAUUUGAUAAGAUACGGGCAGCAAUUAACGUAAACAAGAUACAUGUCGCGGUUCUUUAAGGUUGUUUCUACGAAAAAAAUUCAUACAAAUGCAGCGUGUGCUUAUAAUAGCGUUUAUAAUUGGAAUUGCUGAUGCUGUGGCGUCCACAAAUUGUCGGGAUGACUACACCUCGUUCCGAGGGUCUUGUUACCAUUUUGGGCACGUGCAGGGAACAUACACUGAGUCGGAGCACUAUUGUCGACAGCGUGGGGGUCAUCUAGCAGACAUUAUGACAUCGUUGGAAAACGACUUCGUCAAGAAUCAUGCUAGAGAAAUGCAAACUCACCACUGGUGGACUGGUCUGAACGAUCAGGUGGUGGAAGGACACUUCAUUUGGGAUGACGACGAUACAGAGGCGACAUUUACAGAAUGGGGCACCAACCAACCUGAAGGAGGUGGUGAAGACUGCGUUGCUCUCGACUAUCAGGAUGGCUAUAUGUGGGGAGAUUUCCCGUGCACUAUGCAGCUGUUUCCAGUCUGCAAAGCACAGACCAAAAGGAGAAGAGAUUAUAGGGUAGCAGCAAGCUGAAGCAGUUACACAGUAAAAAUGGAAUUGUUUAAAAAUAAAAACACGUCGAUAAAA